AUGGAGACCACCGUGGGGGCUCUGGGUGAGAAUACCAUAGACACUGCCACCAACUUCCUUCCUACAUUUGAUGCCCAUGGAGGAGCCCAAGCUGCUUCCUUUCCAUUCACUUUCAGCUAUGGUGACUAUGACAUGCCCUCCGAUGAAGAGGAGGAUGUGACCAAGUCUCAGACUUUCUUUGCUGCCAAGAUUGUCAUUGGCAUGGCUUUGGUGGGUAUCAUGCUGGUGUGUGGCAUUGGCAACUUCAUCUUUAUCAUUACCCUGGUCCGCUACAAAAAGCUGCGCAAUCUCACCAACUUGCUAAUUGCCAACCUGGCCAUCUCGGACUUCCUAGUGGCCAUCGUGUGCUGCCCCUUUGAGAUGGACUACUACGUGGUGCGUCAGCUCUCCUGGGAGCACGGUCAUGUCUUGUGUGCCUCUGUCAACUACCUGCGUACUGUCUCCCUCUAUGUCUCCACUAACGCCCUGCUGGCCAUUGCCAUUGACAGGUACCUGGCCAUAGUGCACCCACUGAGACCGCGAAUGAAGUGUCAAACAGCUGCGGGCCUCAUCUUCCUGGUGUGGUCCGUGUCCAUCCUCAUCGCCAUCCCUGCCGCCUACUUCACCACGGAGACGGUGCUGGUCAUCGUGGAGAGCCAGGAGAAGAUCUUCUGUGGCCAGAUCUGGCCAGUAGACCAGCAGCUCUACUACAGGUCCUACUUCCUCUUGAUCUUCGGCCUCGAGUUCGUGGGCCCUGUGGUCGCCAUGACCCUGUGCUAUGCCAGGGUGUCCCGGGAGCUCUGGUUCAAGGCGAUGCCCGGCUUUCAGACGGAGCAGAUCCGCCGGAGGCUGCGCUGCCGCCGCAGGACAGUGCUGGGGCUCGUGUGCGUCCUCUCAGCCUAUGUCCUAUGCUGGGCGCCCUUCUACGGCUUCACUAUCGUGCGUGACUUCUUCCCCUCCGUGUUUGUGAAGGAGAAGCACUACCUCACUGCCUUCUAUGUGGUGGAGUGCAUCGCCAUGAGCAACAGCAUGAUCAACACACUGUGCUUCGUGACGGUCAGGAAUAACACCAGUAAGUACCUCAAGAGGAUCCUGCGCCUCAGGUGGAGAGCUUCUCCCAGCGGGAGCAAGGCCAGCGCUGACCUGGACCUCAGGACCACAGGGAUGCCUGCCACUGAGGAGGUGGACUGCAUCAGACUGAAAUAAGCAAAAUGGCACCACAGAGCCUGAAUGCUCACAGCAACGAUGAACUUGUUUUUCUGCAAACACAGAGGAAAGCGACACACUGUUCAAGGAACCCUGAAGUGUAGAAUUUCUGAAGUGGAUAUUUGAGACACUGUCCCCAUGUGGUCAGCGUUCAUGGAAUAUCUAGUUUUUACAAAGACUAGACACCAGUGAAAAUCAUUUAUCUGACAAAAUGUCAUGGGGAUUAUAGCAAGGAAGUGUGGUACAGAGUGUCUGGAAGAGAGAGUUUCCAGAUAGAAGGCAGAACAAGCUCUGUAGAGCUCCCCUGGGCCACACUGGGCCUUGCUCACCUCUAGCAGAACUCUUGGGCUUUCCUUCCUGUCGAGCAUUAGCAAGCCUGGACAAGAGCAGCAGCAGAGGUUCUCAGCUCUUCCUGGAGUCAUUCUCUGUCCACCCCAGAGCCCAGUCACCACUGGGAAUCCAAUGCACGUGUGGAUACGCCAGGACCCAUGGCCAAGUUUUGAUGACCAUCCGAUGGCCACUUCUUAGGCCUAUGGCUCUGUAUCAGACAGCGGGAUCUUCUCUGGAGAAUGGACUUUGGGGAGAACCCACACGGACUCUGGGUGCCAUUUGGAGUUCUGAGUCACAUGGAGAGGGGAAGUCUGGGCUCAUGAGAAUGUGGUCCCUCAUGUCACAGUCUACUCACCGCAGGGGGAAAGGAGGUGAAGAGGGGGAGUCAGCUGGGGCCUCUGACAGCGUGCGCAGGCUCAAAGAUGCUGCGGCUCCAUCUCUCAGCUACUGUGGCCUGGACCACUAGUGCUUCCCCUUGAGUUCUCGUGUUUCUGGGCUUAUGGAGCAUAGAGACCUUGAAGGUCAGCAUAGCACUGACUUUCCCAUUCUCUCCAGCUCUCAAACGCAAGGACUUUUAGUCCAGCAAGCCUGUUUGAUGAUACUGCCGCAGGGGUAGGACUGGGAGAAAGAUUUCUUAGCCACUGGUGCCUGACUCUUGGCCUGGUCAUGAUUCUGGGGGUUAAGAUUUGCUCUAUUUUAAAACAAAGGUGACUUGGGAGAAAUCACCACCUCUCUACUCUUCGGUGCGAAUGAAGGCUUGCAUGUCAGUGGCACAGCCUGAAUGCUCAAGAAAAAGAGGUUGGCUUGACAGGGGGCUCUAGUGGCCCCACAGACUUGUGAAAGUUUUACCCGUUUGGUAACACGCCUCCUUAGUUUGACGUUUAGACUUCUGGCUUGAGAAGACCUGAGGCCCAGCUUUGUUUGUGUUGUUUACACAGGCCCAAGAUCAAUCAAAUAAUAUGUAGACGAUAUGAAUAGAAAAUUUGACUAUUUGAAUAGAAAAUAACAACUGCCAUUGCCACCAUCACUGCUGCCACAUCACCGCCACUGCUGCCGCCACCACCGCCGCCGCCGCCGCCACCGCCACCGCCGCCGCCACCACCACCACCACUGCCACCACUGCCACCACCACCGCAGUGAACUUAGCAACUGUGUGGUGCCUGGACAAAGGAAAACUUGUAUAUAUAUCUUGUUUAUAGAUCCAUCGGCCUCACCAACAUCUCCUGUCAAUGUUCUUAUGCUUCUUGACAGUGUGUCAUGCCAUCCUAACCAGUGACGCAAACAAGACCAUGAGCUUUCAAGGCGGAUACAUAAAGGAGAGAAGCACGAGGUUUUGUAGAACCAGGUCAGAGCGUCCUUGUUGUCAAGUAGACUUCUCACACGUGCUCCCAGAAUCAGAGCAUCCUCCUAGACCGUCACCCCACAUGUUCCCAUUCAGCAUGAACAGCAUCUCUCAGACUGCUUUUGUGCUCAUGAGUGUGCAGAGCCGUAGACUGGCCACGUCCCUUUCGGCAGAUUUCAUUAUAGGGUAGGGUACCUGUCUGUGUUUGCUCUCCAAAUAUAGGCAACUCUAUUUUGACCACAGAACUUCCUUUAAUUGUCUAGCUCCCCAGAAAAUACAUUUCAAAGGCGCAUUUACUUAUUCUGUCUGUACCCAGCAGAUUUACCUUACUUUAAAUCAGAAUUCUCUCAAAGGAUGAAAAUCCAUUAAAGUAAAAACCUAAACCACAUACAGAGGGGAAAACUAUUUCUAUUUUAAACUUUAUUAUAAAAAUACAAAGAAAGAAAGAAAAGAAAACUAUCAAAAUUAGC